AUGGCGUGCGCGGCGAGGAAUGCGGACUCCGCCGUGACUAGCCCCGUGGUCCUUCGUCAUGGUGGUGACGACGGCGACUUUGAAUCCCUUGCUAAGGUGGAUGUCCAAGCCACGAGUCCUGAUGACAUCGGACGUAGUAGUGACAUUGAAAGUCUUAUCCUGAUCAUACAAGAAAGAAGAUCCAAAUACUGGUUGCCCUCUAGCACAUCUAUUCCAGCUUUGUUCGAUGAUCACAUGAUGUCUGCAGAUGCCAUAUGGGAGAACAAAAUAAUGGCAGAAGCAAAGUGGUACUUGUUGAUGUUAAGUACAAUUUCUUGGCAUAGUAUAGCUCUGAAUAUGUAA